GAAUGUUUAUUGUCGUUCGUAACAGCUGGAGUAUUUCUUAGAUGUUCACACAGUGUAGACAUUCACUGUAGAAACCUAUGGGAAUGUUCACUAUCCAAUAUCUUAAAGGCAACAUCGAUAUUUGCUGUAGAAACAUAAUUAUGUGAAUGUCCAAUAUCCAAUAUUAAAGUAACUUUACUGUCAUCAUGUUGGUUUCGUGUAUUUUCACAGCCAUUGACUCGGACUCAGAGUGCAGCUCCUUUCAAAACAUAUCAGAAGAGAUGCUUCAUCGGUGGAUUUUCCGUCCAGAGGACCGUACCAUCAUAACCAUCUUCAUACCUAUCAUUUGGGGACUCGGUGUUAUCAUCAACUGCACGUUUCUAUUUAUGAUUUACCGAAUCCCUAAGCUGAGAACAGAAACGAACGUGUAUUUGACGCACCUGGCUUUGGCUGAUCUACUGUACUUGAAUCUGUUCUCUGCCUAUGAUAUAUGGAGGUACGUAGCAUCUCCAGUGGCUGAUAAUGUACCAUUUACGACAUCAACGGGGUGCUUGUGUUUCAUCAUAGCGAUAAAUAUGGGAUACUUUGCAGCAAUGGCACUCGUUACCAUGGUGUCGUUUGAGAGAUACCUAUCACUCUGUCAUCCGAUCAAACACCUUAAAAUCAGAGGUAGGCGACGAACGAAGAGGAUGGUGGCGUUCUGCUGGCUGGUCGGGUUUGUGUUCGCUGUGACGUCAGCCCCGGAGAGGGCGUGCUUGAACAAACUCUGCCUUCAGUGGCCCGAAUCCGAGGACCACCAAGGGUAUCCACACACGAGAGCAAGCUGCGAUCCGGUUACUCCGUGGGUAGAAUCAGUCACUCAGCCCUUACUGAAUGUUCCAUGGCUUAUUGCAAUGGUGGCCAAUAUCUUCAUGUAUGUCCGAAUUGUGCAGAUGCUGCAUAGACGCAAAAGUUCCCACAACGGCAAGUUCGAUCAUCACCAGACAGCAAUGAAGCUCCGUAACCAAGUCGCAAAGAUGCUGAUCGUUAAUGGAGCCGUGUUUUUCGUCUGCCAAACUCCAAAUACCCUAUUAAGUCUCACAAGAUGGACCUGCCUUAUCGCCCAGAUUCCUAAUCCACUCGACGCUGCCCUAGGGAAUACCAAACUAUGGAUUGCGUUAAUCCCACAGCGGAUUAAUACAAUUGUUAAUCCGUUAAUAUACGGUGCAAUUAACUCACAAUAUCAAACUGCUUUCAGACAAACGUUUAUGCGGAAAGGAAAGUCCAAGAAACCAGAUUCUGCAAACGCGAUCAGCUCUCCAAAAUACUGCAGUGCCACAAAUAAUAUGAUGGUGAAUCAAAAUUGCAAUACGGACGAUACAACACUGUGAUAAUCUGACGCCAAUGAUCGUAGACUUGAUUCAAUUCCCACUCUCGUGUGAGAGGUCCAUAAGCAUAUCACGCCCAUUUACUAUGAAACAACCCGUAGCAUAGAGAACAG